CAAUAACAAAAAAAUCUUAAUCAAUUUCUGUUUAAGCUUUUUUUUUAUUAAACGUGGCUUAAAAUAAUAACGGUUUCUCUUAAAAUAUAAAAACAAAGAGUAAAGCAAAAUCUUUUGUAACCAGUUAACAACAACAAUAAAAACAAUUGGGAUUAAAUAUACAACAACAGCAAGAAAAAGGAAGAAAAUCGUAAGCUUCAAUUAAAGCCACCAACAAACGAAUGUGGGUGAAUUAAUUAUUUAUUAUUUUGCGCUUUUUGAUUGGGGCUGUAAUAACAUACGAAUGAAUUAACGAAGUAACGAUCAAACCAAAGGUAUUGUCAGCAUUUGCCACACAAUCAACCAGCAACAGCGGCACCAGCAUCAACAUCAACUAAACUAAAUAACAUUAACAAUUGCGCAGCAACAAAGAGAUUUUUUCUUCAUAAAAAAUAACUAAAAACCGAAAAAUACCAAAAGUGUGUAACACCACCCUCACACGAGUAAGUAAUAGAUACGCUAAAGAUAAUAAAUAUACAUAUUUAGAAACAACAAUAACAACGACAAUAAUACUAUACUAUUAAUAAAAUAAGAUAGAAGAGAAAAAAACUACAAUUCAUAUUUAUAAUGUUUCAACGGUUUAAACAAAACUUUACGCCAGCAACAAAAAUGGUAGCAACAACAAUAACAAAAACAAUGGGAGCAACAAUACCAUUAUUAUGAUUCACAGAGAAUUUAAAGACGAUCCAACAGCGAUCAAUGAAUGAAUGAAUCACAAACUAUUAAACUCUUUAUUAACAUUUGAUUAAUAAAAUUAAACAAAAAAUAAAAUAAAGUAUUAAACCUGAAAAAUUCCAAAAAUCAACAACAACAAAAACCUAUCUAAAAAGACAAUUGGAAUAUUAACAGCAAAUAACCAAAACUUUAACGGAGAUAUUUAGACUGAAAAUUACCAACAGAGUUGUUGUGUUCAAAUUCGAUACACUCUUGUUGGCUCAUCAACCAAUCAAUAGCAGUAGCAACAACUACUACAACAAUAAACAGCCACAUAACUAAAGUCAAGAAUAUACAGAGAUAGUAGUCGCAGUGGUGGAGCAGCGACUUGAUCAUCACAGCGACAGAACAGCAGAAUCUUCACCAUCAUCUUGAUAGUGAAACAACCUAAUUCCGCAAAGCAGCCGAUCAUCAACAACAACAACAAUAACACAUCAUACAAAAAUAAUACAUCGCAUCGUCUCACAUCUCGACUCACAGGUUAAAGGCAUGGCACACUUUUGCGGAUUUAUAAAAUUGAUAUUUCUACUUCUGAUGUUGGCGCGAAUACCGUCUAAUGAGACAAGGCCACUCAAAGGAAAUUCUCAAGCCAAUAGUGAUCUCAUUGCAGGCAAUGAGUUUCUCAAACUAUUUAUGGAACAUGAUCAGUUAGACAAAGAUUUCCAUAGUAGUGGGGGCAGUGGAAGUAGUAAUGCGGGUGCAGAAGAAACAAAGGCUGUAGUGGCAGCUACAAAAAAAGAAGAGUCAUUCGACAAAAAAUCUGCGGAAACGGGGAGAAGGUCUAGUAGUGGUAGAAGUUUAAAAGACAAGGGGCCCAAGCUGAAUCAGGCCGAGGGUCAGUUGGAGGAUAGUAAACAAGUAGUUAAAUUAGUUACCUCAGGUAGUAAAAUUGUGUUUUUAGAAGAUUACGAUGAAAACGAUGCCAUCUUAGAUGCUGAAGUCAGAGAUAUCGAUUUGAAAAGAGAAAUAUUUAAACAAAAAACUCAUCCCAAUUUAGAUGAUUAUAAAGUGGUGGCUGUGAGUGUUUCCUCUUCUAGUCAACGAGGCACAGCAACAGCCCGAAAUCGCUUUACCAAUAAAGCCAGUUCAGUCAAAUAUGAAAAGAGACCGUUAACAACAGCGAAAACAACCAGCACAACAACUACUACUAGCAAAAUGUUCACAACAAUGACACCUAAACCACCAACAGCGACAACUGUCAGAUCACAAACAUCACCUGCGUUGUCGACGUCAUCGGCAUCAUCAACUAAAAUCGAUACCACAGUUGGAGACAACUUUAUCAAUCGCUCACAUAAAAGUGAGUUCUCCAUAGAGGAAGUUGAACCGCUGACAAUGACACAGCAAAAAUCACGUAAAAUAAUUCAAUCACGUCAUCGUAAAUACCCAGUAACAAGUGUAGCAGACACAUUGGAGGCUUUAGAUUCAGAAAAUAGUGCCUCUACUAAUAUACAAAAUGUUUUGGCAGCACCGCUACAAACGUCCGCUUCAGCACGUUCCACAUCAAUGGUGACAACUAUGUAUCACAGUGGUCAACGUAAUAUGACCAUUAAUCACGAUUCUAAUUUGCAUAUGGCUCAGGCUCGCCAUAAAACCGCAACUGGUACGGCUACAAACACUAGCGAUGACAAGUUUAAAGGUGGUGAUAUGCAGCAACAACAACAGCAAAUGACUAAUGGCGGUGUGGAAGAUCAGCUGUUACCAUUUCAAACUGUCAUUUACCAUGAUACUAAGGCAGGUCAUGGUCCGCAAUCACGUUCCAUUUCAUAUUCUUCGAUCUCACAAAAUGUGGAAGAUUUAAAGAAGUGGCAACAAUCGGGGAUCUUAGCCGAAGCACGACGUAAUGUCAGUGAGAGCUUAAAACCCAUGCCGAGGUCUAAUGCUUCCUUAUCAAAUCACCAGCCAGAACCAGCUAAAUUUUAUUCACAACCUUCAAAAAUGUAUAGUGAACCAGCAAAAUUUUAUUCCGAACCUGCCAAGGUCUACUCUGAACCAGCUAAAGUGUAUGGAGAACCUGAAAAAUUCUACUCCGAACCUGCUAAAGUUUAUGGACAACCAUCCAAAGUUUAUUCAGAACCUUCCAAGGUAUAUUCGCAGCCGUCUAAAGUCUACAGCGAACCAGCCAAAACAUACUGGCCCAUUUUAACAGCCACUUCAACUCCAUCCCCGAUUACUUUAAUACCUCCAACAAAUGCUCCCACAAUCUCUACCAUUCCGACAACUUCACUUCCGGUAAAUAUACAUCAAUCAUCGAGAAAACCAGCCAUAGUCUCACGCAUUGCUUUUGGUGAAGCCCAUUUGGCUUCUAGUACAUCUACCAGUACAAGUACUACAACAACAACCACAACUACUCCAUUGACCACAACAACGCGAUCAUAUGGCUCACAUAGUCAGCAUCAUCAUUAUUCUCGUACAUAUAGCAGUCAUCGUAAUCCAUCAACUUCCUCUUCGUUUAACAAUGAAAAUUCAUCCUUGUCAUCUUCAUCCUCAUCAACUUCAUCAACACCUUCACGUCGUAUACUUUUUAAUCUAGACCGUUUACCGUAUGAUCUUUUAAAUGCACCUGAACCAUCGAUACAGCAGCAACAACUUUUGGAACUGCAAAAAACCAAGAGGCCGCAACAGACAUUAACAUACCAGCAGUCGAAUCAGCAGCAGCAGCAGCAACCACAGCAACCACCGCAACAGCCACAACAGCGUCAUAAUAUUAAUCCAUGUUUAGAGUCGGCAGUUACUUCACUAUUUUCAUCAUCAUCUUUAUCUGCUCAUCCAGCAUUACAAAAACAACGACAACAUUCAUCAUUGUCAGAUCAACAACAACAUUCUAAUCAAAAUGCCAAAGGAUUGCCCAACGGAGAUCUAGUCAAAUGUGUAGCUGAAAUUUCCCAUACAUCAUCAGCUGCCGCUACUCACGAUGAUAGUAGUGAUGAUACGGGUGGCGGUGUUGAAGCAUUUACCACCGAACGCAGUCAUCUUGAAGAGCUUUUCACGCCGACCCCAGAGCAAAAUUACGAAAUAGAAGAGUCUGUAAGUGUAAUGACAAAUGGGCGAGCCCAUAGCGGUGGUAGAAACAGUUUGGCACAUCCAACCACAUCACCCAUACACCAACAACAGCAUCAUGGUUUCAAGCCAAAUAGACAACGAACUCGCAUACACUUUGGUACGAAUGUCGAAAAUCCAGAGGUUCACGAUGGUGGACAACAUCAUCAUAUGAGUCAAACAACGUACAACACCAACGCAAAUGCCAAUACAGACACCAGCAACAAUAGACAUCUUAGUACUCCAGACUACAAUCAGUAUGAUGACAAUGUUGAUGGUGACGGUGGUGGUGACGAUAGUGGAGAUAAUGGUGCAGCGAAGAAUAACGAUUAUGAUGAUGGUGGUUCCCCUGUCAAUGGCAAUAAUGAUGAUGGCAGCAAUGCCGAUGGUGGCGGUGAUGAUAAUGAUGACUCUAAAGUGGCCUAUAUUGUUGAGGGUCACAACUAUCGCAAAUAUCGCGUCGAAGAAGAAACCGAUGAUGGAUUUAUUGUGGGCGAAUAUGGUGUUGUAGAUCAUAACGAUGGCAACUUGCGAGGUGUGCGUUACACAGCCGACUCGACCAUCAAUCGUAGUCUAAUACAAAAGGCCUUGUUGACAUUUUUAAAGCUGAAGUAAACUAAUGGUAAAAGGGUGAACAAGAGAAAAAAUGGGGGAAGCAGUAGAGUUGGCAAGCUAUUGCUAUUGUAUGGUAUGGUCAGUAGAAGUUUAAGAUGAUGGUAUUAACUAUUUGUGAUGAUUCCUAAUACAAAACAAACAAAAAAACUUUAAAGUAGAAAACAAGAUAAAAUAUAGGUUUGAUAUUUUUAAAGAUCAGUAGUUUAAUAGUUACUUUGUUUAGAUUUAAGACUAUAGUUUAUAGAAAAAAGUUCAAUUUGUUUGAAAUAAGAAACGAAAUGCAACAAACAAACAAACAACCAACCAACAAAACCAAUCAAUAAAACGUAUGUGAUUCAAGUCUUACUAUUUUAAAAGAAAAAGUAGUUUUUAAUUUAUGUAGUAAUUUUAGUUUUAUUUUUCAACCUACAUACUUACUUACAUAUAAUAUGUGUCUUGUGCAAUAUGUGGCCCCAAUAAGGAACAUUUUCUUGUUUGCUUUUAGAAUACCAAUCGAUUUUGAAUCAUUCGGCCUGCAGAUAUCUUAAGUCUAACACUAAGUGUUUUGUACCAAAUUUUAAAAUAUUAAAAGUUAUUUUUGAAAGAAAUAAUUAUAUUUUGACGUUUUGUCUUUAUUUAAACAUUGGACGCCUUUGAUUUUUAUCAUCUACAUUUUAUCUUAUACUUAUGUUUAUAAAGAAUCGGUGGAACCAAAUUUUGACAGCAUAUAAGUUAGAAAAUUUAAAAAUUGAAAACUUUAUAAGUCCAGAAUUAGAAUAAUUAAAUAAUACUGGUAAUACAUUAACAAUUCUUAAUCCAUUAUUGAUAAACACGUUUCUUGCUUAAAUUCCCUCUAAAUUUGUUUAAUUUCUAAUCUAACAGUAGUUUAAGCUACGUUUAACUUUGUAAUAAAAACAAAUUCGUUCCUUUUACUCCGCCCAAGUUUGGACAAGACAUUAUUGUAUGUAACUAUUUUUAAAGUUUUAAGUUUAUAAAUAUAUAGUAUUUAUAACUUAAAACGAUUAAUCGUUCGAUGUACUAGUUAGUUAGUAUCCAUUCAUUCCUUUUAGCCUAAAUGCAGUUUUAGUCUGAAUGUUUUCUGUUCGUAGUAUGUGUAACUUAAUUUAUUAUAAUAGUUGUAGUUAUUGUUGUAAAAUGUUUAUCGUUAUUUUUAAUUUAUUUACAUUAGUGUAUAAUAUUUCUACUCGUAUCAACAAAAAAAAUAAACAUACAGUUGUGGUCAGAAUUAUGGAUAUAUGUAUAAGUUGUGGUGGAACAAAGUCGUCACUCUGCUUAAAAUAGUUAAAAACGGAACAUGUUUUCACUAAAAAUACAAAUAUUUUCUUGGAAUGUCUUUUAGAUGACUAUAAUUAUUAUUCGAUAAAAAAUUUAAAACCAUUUUGUUUUAAGUUCCCGAAAAUAAUAUUUUAAAGAGAUUAGAUUUACCGUUAAUAAUUGUUUAGGUAUAAGUAUCACGAUUAAGUUCAACACUUAUCUAGUAUAUAAAUCAAAAAUUUCGAUCCAACCAAAUCCAAAUCUUAUAAUAGCACAACUUAAAUAUUUUCCUUUAAUUCUAUUUAAAGCUAAACUAACUGCUUUAAUAUAUGUAAUUCGAAUUAAAUCAAUGAGGAUGGGCCUUGAACUUUUUAUUAUAUAUAUCGGUGCUGUAUCGGUUUAAUGAUAAAGGGCAACAUCGAAUCAGAAAGUUACACUGAAACAAUUUAUGUACAUAAAGUCAUGGAUUCUUUAAAUAUCAUAUUAUCAUCAUCGUAUUACAAUUUUGAAACCCUACACCACUGUAGCGGAGUAUUAUGCGUUUGAGUUAAUGUUUACAACUCACAAAAAUAUUGGUCCUGCUGCAAAGUAGCCCUCAUAAAACCCCGAAAAGAGCUUUGGAACUUAUAAUUGCGUUAAAUAUAUAGGUAUCUGUAUAAAAUCGGAUCAACUAAGUUUUAAUGCUACUGUUCGGAUGAUCGGACCUCAUUUGACUCUAGACCCCAUAUAAAGGCCCCUUCAAAGUAUGUCUUGAACGUCCAUAAUACACUUAUACAUCGCAAUGCAAUUCGACACAAAUAAAUUUGGUAUAAACCUAAAUCACUCAACUUCAAUUUUAUAAUGAUCGGUCCACAUUUAACACUAUCCGCAUCAUUUUCAACUGAAGGUAAAAUUCAAUAUAUACAAAUGUAAGAAAAUAUAGUCUGUCAUGGUCGACUGCUGUAAGAUGGUGAUCAAUUAUAGACCGAUUCUCAAGGAAUUAAGUAUAACCGUUUCCUUAUUUAGUUUAGACAUAUUGCCCAUAUUUCAGUUUGUGAUUUCUGGGUAUUUAGAGCGUAUAGUUCUUUGAAUUCUAGGAUUUAUUAAAAUUUAGAUUCCAGGAAAUACAUUGUGGUGUUCUUCUAAGAUAACUACAAUUAAAAGAUGAAAUAUUACGACAUUUUAACCUUUGACCUUCAACCUAGCACACUUAAUAUUUAGAAUGAUUUUUAGUUCCUUAUUUAGGAUGUCAAUGUUAUGUCAAUAUUAAUUUAGCUCUUUAUCAAGAAUGCCCUCGCAAAUCGCAAAAAAUUUAAAGUUUUAACUGAAUAGUUAUAGAGUAUUCCUAAGUUUAUAUUGACGGUUUAUAAAUUAACAAUAAUUUAAACAUAAUUCCACUCUUACGAAAUGUUCUGUAAUUUUGAACACUACUGUAUGCAGUCUCUAUUAUUAUUUUAUUAUUAUUUUUUUUUUGUUUCUUGAUUUUUUUUGUUUCAAACAAAAAAUUACCGCAGAGAUUCUUGCAGAUGAAAACUACUUGCCAUAAAUAUUUAAGAGUAUUUCUACUAUAAACUAAAAUUAAUCUACAUAAAAACACAAGAGUAGUGGUUGCAGCAGUUAGUAGAAGUAGCAGCGAAAAAAAAA